AUGGGAUUCCAUGAAGACGAGUAUCAAGGUACAGCACGAGUGAAACGUGCCCAACUUCAAGCUCUUCGCAAAGAGUUUGAGAUUCUCCACAUGAAGGAAGGAGAGUCAGUUAAUGAUUACUUUGCAAGGACAUUGGUGAUCACGAAUAAGAUGCGUAUUCAUGGCGAAAAAAUGGAAGAUGUUGCAGUCAUUGAGAAAAUCCUUUGCUCAAUGACAUGCAAAUUUGACUAUGUGGUGUGUUCCAUUGAAGAAUCGAAUGACAUUGACAGUCUUCCGAUUGAUGUGUUACAAAGUUCAUUAUUGGUUCAUGAGCAAAGGAUGACUAGUCAUGUUGUGGAGGAGCAAGUCUUGAAGAUCACCACUCAUGAAAGAACAUCUCCAGGCAGAGGUAGAGGACGCGGGGGAUUUCGAGGAAGAGGCAGAGGCAGAGGACACCAGUUUUCCUACAAUCAAGGAGCACAAUUUGACAAGGCAAAUGUGGAAUGCUUUCACUGUCACAAGUUUGGCCACUAUCAAUAUGAAUGCCCUGACAAAGAGAAGGAAACUAAGGUGAAUCUUGCUGAGACUGAAGAAGAAAUUCUCUUGAUGGCUUACAUCGACAAAAAGAAGAACCCAUUAAGUGAUACUUGGUAUUUAGACUAUGGCUGCAGCAAUCAUAUGUGUGGUAAUAAACUCUUGUUCUCUGAUCUAGAUGAAAAUUUUAGAGAAAAUGUGAAGCUUGGAAAAAUUCUAGCAUCUGUGUUAUGGGUAAAGGGAAUAUUAAAAUUCGGUUGA